AGGAAACUGAAUGUUGGGAAGUUUUUGCAGCAGCGAGUGGCGGCGCAGAUUAAACUUCUUCCCCCGCUGAGUGUGAUUAUAAUAAUAAGGCAGAUGUUGUACAGAUGUUCCAGCGCAGAUUAAACUUCUUCCCCCGCUGAGUGUGAUUAUAAUAAUAAGGCAGAUGUUGUACAGAUGUUCCGGCGCAGAUUAAAGGACUGAGGGCUGAUGGUGGUGUUUGACAUGACCUUCUCCUGUGGUCUUCGUGGUGUCAUCUUCAUGAUCAUCUCCAUAACUAGGAAGUGAUUUUUAUUCAGUGUGAUAUAUGCAGAGUACUGCCCUGCUGACUAAACCUUAAGAAGUGCUGGUGGUGGCGUCUCAGACAUGACGUCCUCCUGUGUCCUUUGCGGUGUCCUCUUCGUAAUCACGAUCACGUCCAUCACUACACCUGUAUCAGCUGUUACUACAGUACGGGUGAAGUUUAAUCAGUCUGCUGCUCUGCCAUGUGAACGGACCUGUUCUCGUGAGGCCACGUGGAGAUUGAGUAACGAUCAUGUAGUGGCUCAGUGCAAUCAGACAUCCUGCUGGUCAGAGGAGGGAUUUAAAAUGCCCCAUGAUGAGUACCUGAAGGGAAAUCUCACCCUCACCAUCCCUGCAGCUGAUUUCAGUCAGAGGAAACUGUACACGUGUCUGUGUGAUGGAAAAGCCGUUAAUGAUGUGCGACUCAGCAUCGACAGACGGAGCUCAUUAGUUCAGCUGAAGCCUGGUGAAGAUCUGCUGCUGGAUUUGCACGUAUCAGAGCGAGUGGAGGUGAUCUAUAACCACAGAGAUUCAGAUAAACAGAUCUGCAGUGUGGACAGAAGCUCACUCCACUGUACAGCUGAAUACACCUCGAGAACAUCACUCACUAACACGGUUCUCACACUGAGAGGAGUCCGGUCGACUGAUGGGGGAGUUUACACCGUCCGAGAUCCGGAGAAGGAGGAAGACCUUCAUAUUUACGCAGUCAGUGUUGAAGCUCCAGGACCAGAGAGUGGUGGGACACCAGUGUGGGUGUUUGUGGUGGUGGCGGUGGUGGCGGCGGUGGUGGCGUGGAUGGUGUUGGGGAUGAUGAUUGGUGUUGUGCUGUAUGUGAAGCGAAGACGACGACGAAGAGCAGAUUCGAACAGCUCACCAGAGGCAGAACGGCUAAACAUGGGGACUUUAGAAGAUCUUUUCAUACAGCAGGCUAAUAAUGGAGUAGAAGGAAGGCAGACGUCUACAGCUGUAAACGGAACCAUAGGACUGGCAGAGUUGGCUGAUGUCCCACAAAUGGACAGUAGAGCAGAGAGAGGGCAGAGAUCAAACAGCCCCACAGCAGUUCACAACUGGGGGAAAGUGUCAUUUAGGAACAAACGGUCCAACUAUAGGAAAGUUAAAGCAUAUGAUACAAUUUAGAGACUCUACAGCUAAUGACUUGUAUGAAAGAGCUGAACAACUCUGCACAGCAACAUCAGUAUUUUAGUGGUGGAACAGUUAGUGUGUGUGUGUGUGUGUGUGUGUGUGUGUGUGUGUGUGUAUAUACAGUGGUGCUUGAAAAUUUGUGAACUCUUUAGAAUUUUCUGCCCUGAAAGGCGCCUUAAAUAAAAUGUAUUAUUAUUAUUAGUGUGCUUGAAAAAGCACACUAUUGUUCUUAAGUUUUAUUUUUAUUAUUAUUCAUUUUCACCCGUUUUUUGGAUCCACUCCUCCUCCUAGGGCUUUUGAGAUAGAGACACCGUUCCAACGCUGAAACGUAGGGCCCGAUCUGGAAUGGCGUGCUUGUUCAAAUGGUUGCGCUACCCCUUGUCAUUCGUCCGGUAUUCCCAUUUUUCGGUAAAAUUGCGUGCCAUUGAAAUGAAUGGGAGUGAUGACGUCAUAAGGAGCGCCCCCACUCUAGACGUUAGAGCGUGCGCAGCAGAAAAAACAAAAUUAAAACUGCGAUUUUACAGCCAGAAUCCAUGUUUUAAACCCUGUAAAACCUCUGAAUUAAAUUGAACAUAUAAAAGGGUGGAGAGGAGAUUUCACUGCGCGAAGCGUCUCCCUUCACAAUGCUGUGAGAGAGUGUGACGGGCUGAGCCGCGACGCUGACAGAGCGCACGCGCAGGCAGCCAUGUGCCGCCAUUUUUAAAUCUCUGCUGUCCUGUCGCUGUUCUCAUUGCCACCACCGUAUGCACUGUUGAAUCUUUGUCGAGUAUCAAAAAGUAAAAUAAUUCACACUGGCUGUUAAAACUUUUGUUAUUUCAACUCCGGGAGCAAUUCCCUCACCAGGCAUUCAAAACGCUCUUCCGGGUCUCGUUUGGGGAAACAGAUGGACUGUUCCACUGGGGGGGAUAGAGGGGUGUCCCGGGUUCUUUGUGGGGCAGUCCAUUGUGCUGGGGGUGUUUUAGGGGUAAUGACUUGAAAGCCAUUUGGAGGGUUCAAUAAGGUGUUUUUGUGCAGGUCAGUUAUUGUAUGUAUUUUAUAGAAUGUGAGAGAAUGCGGCUUCAUUUGAGCAAGCACACUCCAGCAGUUUCUGCAGAGGAAAUGCAGUCUUGUUGUUGUUGUUGUUAUUAUUAUUAACCCCGCCGACAGUAGUCGGAGGGGUUAUUAUUUUCACCUGCGUCAGUCUGUGUGUGUGUAUCUGUCUGUCUGUCUGUCUGUGUGUCUGCAAGAUAUCUCAAGAACCAAUGGAUCGAUUUGGACCAAAUUUUGUACAUGUGUUGCCAAUCACCCAGGAAGGAAACCAUUAAAUUUUGGAGGUCAAAGGUCAAGGUCAUGGCAGAACUUCGAAAUUUUCGCCCAAUGUAUUUUAAUAGGGAAAAGGCGGGGUUUGCACUCGUUAGAGUGUCCCUGUCUAGUUAUUAUUAUUAUACUUUUGCCACUCACAGAUAUGUAAUAUUGGAUCAUUUUCCUCAAUAAAUAAAUGACCAAGUAUAAUAUUUUUCUCAUUUGUUUAACUGGGUUCUCUUUAUCCACUUCUAGGACUUGUGUGAAAAUCUGAUGAUGUUUUAGGUCAUAUUUAUGCAGAAAUAUAGAAAAUUCUAAAGGGUUCACAAACUUUCAAUCAAGCACCACUGUAUAUGUGUAUGUGUGUAUAUUAUAUAAUAUAAAAUAAAGUGUGUGUGUGUGUGUGUGUGUGUAUAUAUAAUAUGAUUUUACAAGUAAGGUGAGAGAGAAAUAGCAUUUCAAUUCUCCUACCUGUCCUGGAUAAAUCGUGAAUUGACGACAAAAAAAUCUUUGAAUGAAAGAACUCACCUGUUCUGAAGCCUGCUUCCUGCUGUUCUGUUUCCCCAAACUGUGAGAACUGUGGCCGGCCAGUGAGGGCCUUUCUGUGUGGAGUUUGCAUGUUCUCCCUGUGUCCGCGUGGGUUUCCUCCGGGUGCUCUGGUUUCCCCCACAGUCCAAAGACAUGCAGGUUAGGUUAACUGGUGACUCUAAAUUGAGCGUAGGUGUGAAUGUGAGUGUGAAUGGUUGUCUGUGUCUAUGUGUCAGCCCUGUGAUGACCUGGCGACUUGUCCAGGGUGAACCCCGCCUUUCGCCCGUAGUCAGCUGGGAUAGGCUCCAGCUCGCCUGCGACCCUGUAGAACAGGAUAAGCAGCGACAGGUAAUGGAUGGAUGGGUAUCCCACAAUGUGCUGCGCUAACUGGGAAGUAUGUGAGAUGGAGUUUUUCACUAGCAUCUAGAUCAGUGACUGUAUAUAAUGUAAUGUAAUGUGUGGACAUCAAAACAGGGAUUCAGAAGAGAAAGUAUCUCUGAUCCCAUCUCAUGGCUGGUUGUGGUAGUUUUUAACGCUGCUCAUUCCUAUGUUGAGAAUUAUAGACUGAUUGAUUGAUUUAUUCCGAACAGUAAAGAAGAUAUAAAAACAAACAAAAAAACAAAAAAUUAAAAUAAAAAAUGCAAUAACCAAAACAUCGUCAUAAACAGAAUAGCGUAGCCACAAGGCAGUAACAUAUAAUGUUCGGAAAGGAUUAGGAAGAAGUAAAUAACUUAUCAAAUCCUAACCCUCUAUACCACCGCUAAUCAAACGUCACUUUCUGCCAUAAUAAACUAUAUAUACAAAAGAAAGCAAAAUCAACAAAAAACAAACAAACAUACCAAGACAUACCAACAUGGUAUAAUAUCGCCCAAAUCAUAUAUAUAUACACAAAUACUUAUGCUAUGCAUAUAUACACACAUACAAUACAUAUAUACAGUACAUACAUAUACACAUACCUAUAACUAUACACAUCCAUACGGUACGUACACAGACACCCAUAUCAUAAUUAUGCAUAUUAUGCUUAUAUAUUAUAUACAAUUAUGCACUAAUAUACAGUGGGGCAA